UGUAUCAUUCAAUCCUUACCCGUCUGAGCAGCUAUACGGCAGCAGCAGUCAGCCAAAAACAGAAAUAACCAAAAAUCAAAGUUUUCCACUCGAUUGAGAGAAAGUGCGUUCGCCGCGUGAAAGUGUGCAUAACAAGGACUAUCCCACAUAAUAUAACAGAACCGUGCAAGAACAAAAACUCACAAAAAUGGCAAGCCAUAAAGUUACUUUCGGUGUCUUGUGUCUGGUCGCCUUGAGCGCCGCCCUCCCCGCCGAGGAGACGCGCGGCCACGCCCGCAACGCCAUUGGCGGCGAGAACGACAUUAUGGAUAGCAUCUACAGCGACUGCCUGCGCAAGGACUCCGUCUCGUGUGUCAAGUACAAGCUGUUCAACUUCGUGGACAAGGUUCUCGGAGCCCGCGACCAGUUCGCCCUGACCGAGGGUGUCACCGUGGUCCGUUCGCCCGACGCCCCCCAGCAGGAGGCCGCUCGCUCCAUUUCCGGUGACGAGUCGUUCGAGUCCCUGGCCCUGAACCGCAUCAGCAGUUUCCUGAACUCACACACCAUCAAGGUUGAGCUGAAGGGCGCCGACAUCGUCCAGGCCGUCAGCUCCACUGGCCGUGCUCUCGAGGAUGCCUCCGAGUCUCUCUUCGGCUCCAACGACCCCAACGCCCCCGAGGAGAGCCGCGGCAAGAAGAAGAAGGCCGCCAAGAUCCUGGGACCCAUCCUAGCUCUGGUUGCCCUGAAGGCCGCCGCCCUGCUGCCCCUGCUCCUGGGAGCUAUCGCCCUCAUCGCCGGCAAGGCUCUGUUGAUCGGUAAGAUCGCUCUGGUCCUCUCCGCCGUCAUCGGCCUGAAGAAGCUGCUGUCCCAGGAGAAGCACGUGACCUACGAGGUGGUUGCCCACCCACACCACAGCAGCAGCCACUCCGUCAGCCACGACUCGUACGGCAGCGGAUACAGCGCCGAUGCCGGAGCUUCGUCCGGAUCCUACGGCAGCAGCGGACACGGUGGCUGGGGACGCUCCAUCGAUGCCCAGGACCUGGCCUAUGGUGCCCAGAAGCCCGUCCAGGCCUAAGUCAAUCCAACUCAACAACCACAACAUCAAGAAGAGAUCCAGAGGAAUCUGAGGAAUCUCGAACCAGAACCAGACUCAGAAUCAGAACCACGAACACAAACGACUUGAGCGAUGCAGCUCACCUGAGACUCUUGAAGAGGAACACAUUAUUUAUCGUUCGUUUUAAUUAAUUUAUUAAUUUAAUUUAUUUUAUUUAUUUCUCCAAGCAAGAACACACCCGAAACAAACACAGAAACAUGAGCAUGAUUAUGAAUGAUCACAAAGACAGAAACAAGAAUCAGACCCAUAUGCCGAGUGUACGUGCAUUUAGUUGUUAAAACUGAUAAAGCUAAAGUUAAGUUUGUAAAGAGUUUUCCCCGAACAUGUUGCAAAUACUCAGCCUUAAAUCUAAGCAUGCACAAUCGCUCUAUCAUCCAAUCCAACGCACUCUCAUUCACAACUAUCGCUAUUCCUAUCUAUCUCUUUAACUAUCCAUCUAUCUAUCUGACUGUCUAUCUGUCAUCUAUCAGACUAUCUGUCUUUGCUGCCUAUACCAAAACUUUGUCGAUUGCUAUGCAAUCGGUUCAACGUACAAAUCUACGCUACUCUACAAUCUAUAUCUGUCUCCUCUGUUCUCUGUACUCUGUACUCGACUAUAUCUUCACAUGCAAUUCUAGUCUUACAAUACAACACCAGCAAGCAUGCCUACUAUUAGCUUUAACUCUUACUAUCUAGCUCUAACUAUCUAUCUAUAUCUGUCCUGUCACUAUCCUUUCCAACUUCAGUUUCCAGUGAGUCACAGUUUUGGCCAAUUGCAUGCCAUCACUUGCCAUAGGUUUUCAAAAACAUAAAAUCACAAAAAGGGAACAUACACCACACCAAACUGAACUCAUUUUCCGACUCUACCGCUAUUUCCUCACGCGACUCUUCAACUCGACUUCCACUUCGACUCUUCAACUUUCUCAUUUCACUGGGCACCUCCAUCAGGCUAUCUGCUGUCUCUUUCCGCCGUCUCUCUGCUGCUGCCUUCUGCAUCUGUCACUUUCUAGCGCUCUACUUUCCCGAAAAAAAAAACAGCACACACACAGACACACGCCUAGUUCACUGUAAUUUUUAAAAUAUUAUUUUUUUUUAAUAUUUUAACUCCUUAAUCGUACUUAAUGUAUCCGUGCGACUCGAGCCACUUGUCCAGCCCGGUCUCUGGCGUUUAGCCUGUUCCCCUGCUCGGUGGAACCAAACAGAUUUUUAAUACUCAACUUAAAAAUGGCUUGUUUGGCGACACCCGGACUGGGGAGCUCUCUGGCCAACGGGCGCAAGUUUCGGGUCGCCAGCACGUCGUCUACUUUAAUUUAAAUAUUUUAAGCAAAGUCGUACGGCGCUUUCACAACUAUAACUCUCAUCCAGCAACCGUAGUAAGAAGAUGAUCAAGAGAAGAAGCGUAGAAGCUGCAGAUGUGGGCAACUCACACAGAACAAAAAAUAUAAUCACACUCACACUAAAACGACAAACUACAAAAUACCAAUCACAAAACUCACUCACAAAAGAAUGUAAAUUCCAUAGAUUACAAUAUUCUUUCUCUCUGUCACACAUGCAUGUCAUUAAAAUACA